AUGCUAAUCCAUUCCAUUCGACUCACAUUUACACUUCCGGUUACGACCGUCCAUAUUUUUGCCUGGGACCGUUUCGAGAGAAGACGUGGGUAAUAUCAUCGUAGCAUCGCGCAGUUGCAUUAUGGAAUUUUGGGUCUCGUGUGUGGAUAUUCAUUUACGAGUUUAUGGGUUCGCUAGAAACGACUGAUCAACAGUGGCGCAUGGCAUUCCUCGGGAUGAGUCGCAAACUGGCAUCUGGCUUACCUUCUUCACCGGCGUUUUCUGAGGAGAUAGCAUUUUCUCACGGUACACAAAGGGUUAUUGGGAGAUUAAGGGCGUUCUCAACGAUGCAAGACAUGGGCCAGGCUAUCUUAUUUAUAUUUGGGAGGAAGCGAGGUAUAUGGAUAUGUUUAACCGAAGGCCAGGGAGAUGAGGGUGGCCCGCAAUAUCACCACCACGUCACGAGAAGCAUUGGAACGUCAGUAACUCUGCAGUCUGCGCUUCUGUGUCGCUCGCCUCGCCACGCCACCAUAUCCCCUGGUCUUAUUAAAGGGACGGGCACUCGACGAAAUGUCGGCUUCGGAUGCCCUUUCGAAGUUCCAAAAUUCGAUUCCAGGAAGCAAGGAUCUAGAUGUACGAACUGAGGUCUGUGAAGGCCAAAGUGGAGCUAUGGCAUAUGGCCUGUGCUAAUAAUACGAGUUGAAGAUUUGUCGUCUGAGGCUUUUGUUUGGUGUAACCGAAUCACAG